CUGAGCGAAACAAAGCGUCAACCACCGAAAACAGCGGCUGCUUUCAAAAUUGGAGAAAUGAAGCUGAGUUCAAAAAAAAUACGCGCUAACUCUGAGACAUUGGAAAAUGCUGCGCGUGCGAUCACCAGAGAAGAGAGAAUUGAUUUGGAUGAGCUCGAAAGUUUUGCGCAAACAUUCAAAAAGCAGCGUAUUAAGUUUGGUUUUACACAGGGUGACGUUGGUUUAGCGCUGGGACGUCGUUACGGAACCGAUUUCUCCCAGACGACAAUAUCACGUUUUGAAGCGUUAAAUCUUUCCUUCAAAAAUAUGUGCAAAUUACGACCACUGCUAAAGGAAUGGUUGGAGGAUGCAGAAGCAGCAAUGGCCGGUGGUGCAACAGUUAACGAUCUCCUAGAUGCACCACCACCUUCAAGAAAACCAGUGCAGCAGCAGCAGCAGCAGCAACAGCAGCAGCAGCAGCAUGUGCAGCAGAAGCAGCAGCAACAGCAGCAGCAGCAUCAGUAA